AUGGGUGUCAAAGCUAAAGGAAAGCAGAAGCCAGCGCCAGAGUUGGUCUCAGAAGCAUCGACAUCGUCAGAGGCAUCUUCUAGUCGGAGCGCUUCGCCCGUUGCCGACCAUGGCGAUGACCAAGACUCGGCCUCUGGCAGCGUCUCCGGAAGUGACGAUGGCGUAGAUGUCGAGAGCGAUGAGGAGGUAGAUUCGGUCGAUGAAGAGUCUAUCAAGCAGCCCAACAUCGACGCAGAAAAGGCGCGCACUAAGCUGCACCACGUAGCAAAGACGGUGCGCGCGACGGCCAAGAAGACCAAGACGUUCGAGGUGCAGAAGCUCGUCAAGAAGCUCAAGGGCCUGCAAAAGAAGCCUUCGUUUGCCGACCAGGCCAAACUUGCAGAGGCUGAGCUCGAGGCACUAAAGUCGAUCGAAAUCAACCUACUCGCCGGGCGUGCGCUCGUCACCAAGAUGGUCAAGGCCAAACUCCUGCCCCGCACUGCUGGGCUCGAUGCAGCCACCGAAUCGUCUUACCUCUACCUGCCGCUGGUGAAAGCAGAAGCGCUUCUGGGCGAGGUCGUUCUGAGCGAUCCGGUGGAAGCGGAUGGAGAUAGGGCGCUCGAGCGCGCCAAGGCCAAGAUCACGUCCUCCAAGGUUCUGGCGGAUGAGGUGGGCAGGUUUGUGGACGAACUCAAGAAGCUCGCCGGCAUCGAGCCCGACGCAACAAAGAAGAACGUUGCAGAGGUGGAUGUCAAGGGCAAGGGCAAGGCGGUCGAGGUGGACUCGGAAGAAGAGGACGAUGAACGCCGCGAGUGGUCCGGAUCGGAUGGCGAGUCGGAGUCGGACGAGGAGCCCAUUCGUGCGGACGCAGAAGAUUCGGACAUCGAAGACGAUGAUGCGGACGAAGAGGAGCUCGUCCGCGUUGGAAAGCAGAAGCUCGCAGCGCUCGGCGACCUUUCGCAGUGGGACGACAUGAUCGGCAGUGAUUCGGGCGCUGAAUCGGGCUCCGACGGCACGAAGCCUCGCAAAGCUCGCAAGCGAUCCCCCCGCAGCUCGGACGACAGCAGUGACGAUUCGGACGAAGACGCCUCGUCUGACAGCUCAGCAAGUGAUUUCGGAUCGAGUGAUUCCGACUCGGACUCGGACUCGGAUUCGGAAUCGGAUUCCUCUGGCGGCGCGCGUUCGAAGAAGCGCAAAGCCACAAGCAACGACAAGUCCGCGAAGCGAAGCAAGCGUUCAUCGGCAGGCACUUCGGCCUUCCUGCCGUCCCUAGCCACCGGCUUCAUCGCAGGGCGUAGCGACGACGAGUGGUCGGAUGCCGAGGCGGACCUCGCGGACCGCGAUCUGUCAGAACUCAAGAACGGCAAGAAGGAACGCAAGAACAGGAUGGGCCAACGCGCGAGGAAGGCGCUGUACGAGAAGAAGUACGGCAAAAACGCCAACCACAUCAAGGUGCGCGAAGAACGCAAAGCGGCCAAGCUCGCGCGGCCCGAUCGUCCGGCUGGCGCAACUUCGGGACGCCAACGUCCAGCUGCCUUCCAGGCUCCUGCCAAGCGAGACGGUGGAUGGGGAGGACAGGUUGCGCCUCUGCCCAAACAGCCAAAACGCCCCUUCGUACCGCGCAGUCAGCCUCCUCCUCCCGCAUCGAUCGCAGCUGCACCUGCCAAACCAGCGCCCAGUCAGGAAAUGCAUCCGUCCUGGAUCGCAAAACAGAAGCAAAAGGAGCUCAUGGCACAGGUCAAACCGGGAGGCAAGAAGAUCGUCUUUGAUUAA